CUGUGUCUUGUGGGAACCCUGGCACCCCAGCCAAUGGUAUGAUAAUAUACACGGAUGGAAUAUUAUUUUCCAACUCAGUUAUUUAUGCCUGCUGGGAAGGAUACAAAACUUCAGGGUUAACUACCAGACAUUGUACUGCUAAUGGGACGUGGACUGGCACUGCUCCGGACUGCACAGUAAUCAGCUGUGGAGAUCCAGGUGCAUUAGCAAAUGGAAUUCAGUUUGGAAAUGAUUUUACCUUUAAUAAGACAGUCAGCUAUCAGUGCAAUCCAGGAUACUUGAUGGAGCCUGCCAGUUCAUCUACUAUGCGUUGUAUAAAAGAUAGCACUUGGAACCAGAGUAAACCAAUUUGCAAAGCUAUUACCUGUGGCCCCCCUCCAACAGUACUGUACGGGAAGGUGGAAGGAUCUGAUUAUCGCUGGGGUGCCAGUGUGAGUUACAGCUGUGCAGAAGGCUAUCAGCUAUCUAACACAGCUAUUCUCUCCUGUGAGGGUCGAGGAGUUUGGCGGGGAGACAUCCCACAAUGUUUGCCUGUGUUUUGUGGUGAUCCUGGUACUCCAGCUGAAGGACGUCUCAAUGGAAAAAGUUUCACCUACAGAUCUGAAGUUAGCUUUCAGUGCAGAUCCCCUUUUAUUCUAAUAGGCUCUUCAAGAAGAUUCUGUCAAGCAGAUGGUACCUGGAGUGGAAUUCAGCCAACAUGCAUUG